AUGAGGCGCGUGGCUGUGCAGCUGGUGAAUGUUCUCCUGGUGUUGGCGUCUCACGUGGAUUCCACGCUCGCCCUGUUCAGGAACCCCACCCUCAACAUCGCCGUCAUUUUCGGGGGCACCUCCUGCGAGAUGGACCUCAAGGAUGUGGUCAACAGGGAUGACUUCCGGCACCUCCCCAUCGACCCCAACGUGGUGCAGGUCACGGUCAAUGAGACGGACCCCAAGAGCAUCAUCACCCGCGUCUGCGACCUCAUGUCCGGGAUGAAGAUCCAUGGGGUGGUCUUUGGGGACGACGCAGACCACGAGGCAAUUGCCCAGAUCUUGGACUUCAUCUCAGCCCAGACCAUGAUCCCAAUCCUUGGUAUCCAUGGCGGCUCCUCCAUGAUCAUGGCUGAUAAGGACGACUCCUCGAUGUUCUUCCAGUUUGGGCCCAGCAUCGAGCAACAGGCUUCGGUCAUGUUGAACAUCAUGGAGGAGUACGAUUGGUACAUCUUCUCCAUCGUCACCAGCUAUUUCCCGGGAUACCAGGAGUUCAUCAAUAAGAUCCGCAGCACCAUAGACAAUAGCUUUGUGGGGUGGGAGAUGGAGGAGGUCAUGUCCUUGGACAUAUCCGUAGGCGAGGGCGACUCCAAGAUCCAGAACCAACUCAAACGGUUGCAGAGCCCUGUUAUUCUCCUGUACUGUUCCAAGGACGAGGCCAGCUAUAUAUUCGACGUGGCUGAGUCGGUGGGCCUCACCGGCUACGGUUACAUCUGGAUUGUGCCCAGCACCGUGACAGGCAACACCGAUAUUAUCCUGCCGGAGUUUCCCACCGGCCUCAUCUCCGUCUCCUACGACGAGUGGGACUAUGGGCUGUCCGCUCGCAUGCGGGACGGCAUCGCCAUCAUCACCACGGCCGCCUCCACCAUGUUGGCCGAACGCAGGGAGAUCCUGGAGCCACACAGUAGCUGCUUUAGCGUGCAGGAGAGAAGGUCGCAUCAGUCAAACACACUGCACAGGUAA